GAGGAAUUGGCAUUGACCAAAGCGAAACUGCGAAAUCCUGAUAUCAACAUUUAUUACCGACCUUCUGGCAAUCCAACAAGAUGACCACUGUCCAAAAGAUAAAGGAAAUCGAAGAUGAGAUGGCUAAAACUCAAAAAAAUAAGGCCACGAGUUAUCACUUGGGACAGCUCAAAGCCAAGCUCGCCAAGCUAAGAAGAGACCUCAUUUCUCCUCCUACCAGUGGAGGAGGCGGAGGAGGCGGCCUUGGUUUCGAUGUCGCACGAACAGGGGUAGCAUCUGUCGGUUUCGUCGGUUUUCCAUCCGUAGGGAAGUCUACACUGAUGUCAAAGCUCACCGGCACGCAUUCUGAGGUAUCUGAAAUCGAUUUCACAACCCUCACAACGGUUCCUGGGACAGUCAAAGUGCAUGGUGCACCAAUACAAAUUCUUGACCUGCCUGGUAUCAUUGAGGGUGCCAACGAUGGGCGAGGUAGAGGUCGCCAAGUCAUUGCUGUUGCUCGCACAUGCAACCUCAUAUUCAUCGUUCUUGACGUGUUGAAGCCACUAGGGGAUAAAACGAUCAUUGAAAGAGAACUAGAAGGGUUUGGGAUCAGGCUCAACAAAAAGCCUCCAGCUAUUCUCGUGCGCAAGAAGGAUAAGGGUGGAAUUGCCAUAACAAACACCGUCCCUCUGACCAACAUCGAUCAAGACGAGAUCAAGGCUAUUUUGAGCGAGUAUAAGAUUAGCAAUGCAGAUGUCGCGAUACGGGAAGCCAAUGCUACCGCGGAUGAUUUGGUGGACGUCAUAGAAGGAAAUCGGGUCUAUAUCCCUGCGUUAUAUGUCUUGAAUAAAAUCGAUGCAAUAUCAAUAGAAGAAUUAGAUCUUCUAUACAAAAUUCCUUACAGUGUUCCCAUUUCCUCGCGAGAAUGGCUUAAUGUUGACGAAUUAAUCGAAAGCAUGUGGCAAUCACUGGAUCUUGUUCGCGUUUAUACGAAGCCACGUGGAUUAUCACCAGAUUACUCUGCCCCAGUCGUACUGAGAAGAGGUCGGUGCACGAUAGAGGAUUUCUGUAACUCGAUUCACAAGGAAAUCGCCAAACAAAUGAAAUACGCCGUUGUUUGGGGUGCUAGCGCGAAGCAUGCUCGCGGUCAAAAAGUAGGGCUGGAACAUGUGCUCGAGGACGAAGAUGUUGUGCACAUAUCAAAGAAGUAGUCUCUCAAGCUGUAUUCCAUGUAUCUAGGGUAUCAGAAUCUCAUCAGGGUGGUAACCCUCUUCUACUCUUGCGUUAGAUAUAUAGCGCUCAAGCGCAGAAACGCCCACACCAGUCCUAUAGCACAGUAUAUGCUGGUCAGCAUAAGUGGUAGGAAAGUUAGCGACUCGAAGCUUCGUGAGAGCAAUGGAAGCAAAGUUAAGACGGCAUGAAGGAGCAAGAAACCACCGAGGUAGGUUUUCUCGAACAUGUCAAGAAUGACCCAGGGCAAGGAGGCUGGGAAUUCGUAUGUGUGAUUGUUCAAUGGUAGAAGAGUAAAGAAGCCCCAAAGGAGUGCAUAGCUCAGCUUGACAAAUGCCUCUGCUGGUGUGAAAAGAAGGGGAAACAAAGAAUAGACACCGGCGACACUUGCGAUGACGAAGGUUCUACAGUAAGCAUGACUUGACGUCGCUAGCAGACUUAAAGGAACAAGAAUGAGCAGUACGGCCUUCUCGUGUACAUGCCAUCCAAACAUAAAGGACGUAUAACCGCACAAAGUGAGGGAAGCCAGGAACGAUUUGUACGUGGGUGUCUUCCACAAUUUGGCAAGGAAUAUCGAUUGGAAUAAUAUCGUUAUCAAGAAAGUGUGCGCUGGCUUUAUAUCUGGAAGUAUAGCAAAUACUGUAUCUCCGACGAGGCCCCUAGAGGUUGAGGAGAUACCCGACUCAUUGAUGACAACAUUGAUACCUGAGCCCUUCACGUAUCUCAAUAGGACACGAUCAGCUGCUGUGAACAGUGCCCAGACGUUUGGAGCCCAGUAUGCAUGAUUCAAACCCCUCGUGAAAGGAAAUAAUCGAGAGAGAAGCUGUGGAAGCUGGCCCAUGAGAAUGAAAGGGCCGAGAGACACAACGCACACAACGAUGACAGUGUUCGCUAGUGAGAUGAACCGAGCUGGCAGUAAUUCACCCGUUGGAGACAUACAGUGGGAUCUCAGGAGAUAGAUGAAAUAAGCAGGUGCAAGAUACAUAUAUAUGUGUUUGAAGUUCAGGAGGACGGCGAAGAAAAAGCCACCAGCUAGUUUGUUACUUGACGAAUUUGAUAUAUCGACCAUAGUAAAAUGCCGAACAUGAAGCCAUUGUACUGGAAAUGUAUAUGAUCGACGAUAAGAAACCCGGGAUGGAAAAACAGGGAGGCUGAUAUGAUACGUUGUACAGAGAUAUUUUCUGUUCCCCGGACAAACCUGAGGAGGGCUAUUCCAAGUACGAGUUCUGUCAAAAUCACAGUGGUUCUCUGGUAUACGACAGCGGACCAUG